GAAAAUCGAGUGCGUCGAGUGUAGUUUACGCGGCACGAAUCUAUGGUAAUAUGCACGUUCCUACACUGAGUAUUACUUUACGUAUUUUUUGACCAAUUUAACGAGACCCCCCUCAGCAGUGCAUUAUGCCUCGGACCGUACUAAACCGCGUGGGCCGAUUCGACAGAGAGUUCUUGGCUAUUGGUCGGUGCAAUUGUAAGAAAAGUCUACCGUAAUAUUUUCCUUCGACCUUGCAAGGUAAUGUCUGGUCUUAACAACGGCCAAUACAGUUCUGCUCAUGUCUGACAAUGAGUUUGUUGUUAUUUUAAUUACCUGCUGUAGAACGCGUUACGUUUUCGAUACCAUCAGACACAGACAGGAACCGACUCGGCACCGUCAGGAUGGUCGCAAUCUCCACCGGCUCAUUAACUACUCAACCUUGCAGCGGAUUAAUUCUUGCACAAGGAGAUGCAUUUGUGGCGAGGUGUCAGCAAACCACAUCAUCAGAGCGAGAAGCAUCGACCUAAACAACAACCAUGGCCUGACCAUGGAAACACGUCUGGAAAAGACUGUGAUGCCAACUGGCUACCGCUUAGAGCUCGAACCGUACCUAGAAGAUGGCCUGUUCAAGGGCCACGUCAGCAUCAACAUCACCUGGCUGAAGGAUUCAGACGAAAUCAACAUUCACAGUGGACACGAUUUAGAAAUCACUGAAACUGAAGUUAAGGCUCAUAUUCCAGCUAAUUCCAGGGACCUCCAGAAGAUUUCAGUCAGGAAAGUGGUACCAGACCUGAAGAAGCCAUUACUGACGAUAUACUUAGAGAAGUCGGUGCCGGCGUCGUCUAUAGGCCAUCUUCUCAUCAGCUUCAAUGGGAACCUGGAGACUGGGUCCACUGAGGCGUUCUUCAAGACUACGUACACCACGGAACAGGAGGUUGAGAGGAUGGUGGCGGCAACGCAGCUGCGUCCCAACAACGCCAGGAGAAUGUUCCCCUGCUUCGACGAGCCAGGGUACAAGACGCCGUUCGACCUGAGCGUGGUCCGGCCGAGGACUAUGAUCGCCCUGAGCAAUAUGCCUGUGGCUAGGACAGAGGACAUAACCGGCGAGCCAAAUGCGGUAUGGGAUCACUUUGAGAGAACGCCUCCUAUGUCCACCUUCACGCUCGGCCUGGUCAUCGCAGACCUCAAGCAACUUGGCAAUGUCACCCAUUAUAAGGACGAUUAUGGAAAUGACUUGGAAAUCCGCGUGUGGGGUCGUCCAGAAUACCUGCAAGCUCUAGAAGGCGUUAACGAGAAGGUGUCUCUGGUCUUCGGCGAGAUCGCCAGCCUCUGGCGGGUCCCACUGCCACUGAAACAGCUGGACAUAGUGGCCUUACCCAACUACCAGGGCGUGAAGCCAGCUGACAACUGGGGACUGAUUGUGUUCAAGGAGAGCGACCUGAGCGGUAAAGGCUACCUGCCGCUAGCCCAAGAAGUGACGUACCAGUGGCUCGGCGCGCUGGCCACCCCGGCCUGGUGGUCCGACGCUCAUCUAAACAAAGCUCUGGUGGGCUACCUCGCUGCUGAGACUGCUUUUAAGAUAAACAACGGCUCGGAGAUGGAAGGCAAAUGGCCCAUGACGGUGCUCUACUCCCUAUACUACGAGUUUAGCAAGCGCUAUCCCCACUCUCGUAUCACGGGUAUGAAGCAAGAGACUGCUUGCACCAAGAUCGAGCUGCUCUUCCGAAUGUUCAACUUCACCCUUGGAGGGGAGACCUUCAAGAAGGGAUUGAGGACGUUCAUUGAGUCUAGGAAAUUCAAAACAUUCUCCGGGGACGACAUCUGGAACGCGCUGAAUGCCGCGGCCGUCGCCGACGGCAGGAUUCCUAAGGACUCCAACAUUAAGACGAUCGCCAACAGCUGGAUAGAGAAGGAUCGGCUGCCGGUUAUUAAUGCGGAGAGAAAGUACGACAGCAAGGCGGUUACUUUGACACAGAAAGUAUACCUCCGCGAACGUCCCCACGACGUGCCCGACGCAAGUCGCAUGUCAUGGUGGGCGCCGAUCGUCGUCGCUCGCGGGGACAAACUAGACUUCAGCAAUGCUACCCCCGCUGUCUGGAUGCGGGACAGAAAGGAGCUGACCUUGAACGACAUGCCUGAUAAGGACCAGUUCAUCAUCAUCAAUCCAGAGGAGAUUGCUCCAUAUCCUGUAAACUACGACCACGAAAACUGGAACCUCCUCUCCCAAUUCCUGCAAGGCGAGAAGCGCCACCUGAUCCCUGAGCUAACCAGGGCGAAGAUCCUACACGAUGCGUGGAACCUGGCGUAUGCCGGAGAACUGUCCUUCGCUACUGCCUUCAAUAUGACCCUGUUCUUGAAGAAUGAAAGGAACCAUCUGGUAUGGGACCCAGUGUUUACAAUGAUCGAUCACAUUGGAAGACACAUCUGUGAAUGUAUCCAUAGCAAGUUCCAGGCCUACGUAAGAAUCCUCCUAAGCCCUCUCUACGAAGAGCUGAUCAAGGAUGAGCGAGAGGAUGAAGAGAAUUGGCGCAAGAACCUCCGCUCGAUGACCAAGACGUUCCUCUGUCAAGCGGGCUACAAGCCUUGCAUCAGGGAAGCUCAAGAGCAGUACAGCAAGUGGAUGCAGGCUAAGAACCCUGAUGAAGGGAACCCAAUCUCAAACCAGUUCAUCUGCCCAGUCUUCAAAUGGGGCACCAAGAAAGAGUGGGAAUUUGGUCUCCAGAGGGUGAUCAACUUCCCUCCAUCCCGCAAGCAGAGUGAGAGGACUUACCUCUUAAAGACUCUUGCGGGCUGUCCUGAUGAUGAGACGAAGAUCAUCAGGCUUCUGAACAUCACCUUGCUGGAGGGCAACGGGAACUUCACGGAGACUGAUGUGUUCCUGAUCUUCAGUAUGCUGACUGGUGGGUCCAGGGGAUACACCACGCUGUUCCACUUCUUAAGCAACAACUGGGAUGUGCUGAAGGAGAAAUUAUCCAGCAGGACCAACCUCUGGGACAACCUGAUCACCUCAGCCACCUCCCAAUUCACUACCCAGGCCGGUUUAGACAUGGUCAGCAACUUGUACGUAUCCCACCAGGGAGAGUUUGGUUCAGCUGAACGCAUCAUCGAAAGGUCCAUGAAGAACAUCAGGGAAGAAGCCAAGUGGUCGGCGGAGAAUGUGCCGGUCAUUGAGAAAUGGCUGGAUGAAUACUUGUCCAGCUCAGAUGUGAAGGAUACCCAGUUUAUUAACAAUUGAGAGAAUGAUGUGUAGGUAGAAAUGAAAUGAUGUUAAUCGUGUAAUUUAUUUAACGCAAAACUUUAAAGUAAAAGAAUGAGUUGUAGAGAUAUGAAUUAAAGGUCAUAGAAGUCAAAAUAAAAUUUUGAAUUCAUUCUACAUAAUAGAAAAGAAGAGAAGACAGAACAUAGAACACAUCACAAAGAAGACUAAAGUAUUACACUAAGCACUACUAGUUAUACACAUAAUUAAUAUUAAUACAUAUAUUUUGCGUUAUUUCAAUUACACGUUAAAUAAAUAAGGUACAUAAUAUGAUAUUAAAAGUGAUGUUAAAGAGAUUAUUACUAAUUCACAUCGUGAUUAAAAAUUUAAAAAUCACUCUACACAAAUAAAUAACAUGACUAUUGAAUUAGUUUGGUAGAACUAGAUGUAGGUAAAAAAAUAAACUUUUUUGUCAACUACAAUGCAUCGUGUGUGAUCAAACUAUUAAUUAGUAUAAGUUGAAGCCAUGCAUUCACCUGGCAGUAUACGGGCCGUACAAAAUCAUUAGCUAUUAUUUUAUUAUCUUUAAGAACGUCUUCAUAAUUUUCGACGUUGACAAGUGAAGUCAGGAAGCAUGUGUAACUUCGUUUCGUUCAAUUAGUUUCGCUUGUUAGUCAGGCAUUCAGCAAUCAAAUACCUAUUAUAGAGAUUGUAUCACUAUGUAACGUAUUACAUAUAUUAUUGUAGGUAAAAUCCAUCUUGUCUUCACUAUCUCUCGGAUUGAGGUCAAACAGAUACCGACCCAUGUAAAACAAUGCUUCCAGGUGAAUACAUGGUUUAAAUAUCUUAAAAUGCUAGGGCAAGCUUUACUACAUAAUGAACGCAUUUAGUUAAGGAACUUUGUUUAGUCAAAUAUUUUGGAUUCGUAGCGUUUGUAUGAGCUAUUGUUUUAGUUAAUUACAGGGACCCGUGAUAAUGUCACAAAUGAAUGAAAU